CUUCUUCCACUUCCAGUCCUUCUGCCCUUUGCUUGGCCUCGACGAAAAGUGGGACGCUCCCGUUGUCUGAAAACCCUAAACUGAAACUCUCACUCUUCCCGGUACACCACGACGGCGACGCCGCGGUAUCAUUUUCCGGCGAUGUUCGGGGGGGACGACAGCGAUUCCCUGAGCCAAAUAAGCAUGAUGGCGUCGCCGCUGCAGUACACGCUGGCGGCGCCUGAGCAGCAGCAGCAGCAGCAUCAGCAGACAACGACUCAGCCGCAGUGGAGCCAAGAGGAGACGAGAGAGUUCAUCAGGAUAAGGGCGGAGCUGGAGAGGGACUUCACGGUGGCGAAGCGGAACAAGACGCUGUGGGAGGUAGUGAGCGCUCGUAUGAGGGAGAGAGGCUACCGGAGGACGCCCGAUCAGUGCAAAUGCAAGUGGAAGAAUCUCCUCAAUCGCUAUAAGGGCAGUGAAACUUCUGACCCGGAAAACAGCAGGCAAUGCCCUUUCUUUGAGGAGCUGCAUGCGUUGUUCUCCGAGAGGGCAAAGAACAUGCAGAGGCUACGUCUCGAAUCCGAGAGGGCUUCAGCUCAUGCCAAGAAGAAAUCCAAGAAAGUGAGCGGGGAUAGGUCGUCCGAUGAGCCCUCGGAAGAUGAAGACGAUGAUGAGGAAGAAACUGAUGAGGAGAGGCCCGUAAGGGACAGUUCUAGGAAGAGGAAGGCUGAGAAACCGGCAAUUGACAAGCCCGGUAAGUCGCAAAGUGGAGCACAACGUAGUGCUAGUGGGGGUGACAUAUGCGAGCUGCUCAAAGAAUUUUUUGAGCAGCAACAGAAGAUGGAGAUGCAGAUGAGGGAGAUGAUGGAGAGGCGGGCACAAGAGCGGCUCUUGUUUGAGCAGGAAUGGAGACAGACAAUGGAGAAGCUCGAGAGGGAGAGGCUGAUGGUCGAGCAGGCCUGGAGGGAGAGGGAGGAGCAGAGGAGAUCGAGAGAAGAGAGCCGAGCUGAGAGGCGGGAUGCACUGCUAACUACCCUCCUGAAUAAACUUAUACACGAACAAUAACCUUCGAGGCGGAAGGCCACUCGUUCCCGAUCCCGUUCUUGUUGUAGCAUAUGAGAUGCUUCUGAAUGUAGCGGGUCUGCUGGUUGUUGCUGCUGCUGGAUCGUCAAAGCAAUUUUAUACUGUAAGCAUUGAGAAAGAAAGGAUAUGUGGGGUGAAGAAAAAUAUACAGAGGAAUACUUCUUCUUUGAUUAGUUCAUAUUUGCUGUAAAGGAAAGGCUUUUGAUUUGUUGUAUUUAUACCGGUAUACUGUUCUUCAGUGUCUUUCAUGGUUUCUGCUACACAUGUAUCGAUUAAAUUCGAGAAUAUUGUAAUUUUUGGGAGAUUAAUCGUAUAGUUCUCAGCAAGCUGUGAUUAUCGAGACAACUAUUUCUAA